CGCCAUCCAGGGUGGAAGCUAGACAUUUGGGUGAUUAGAAAAACGUGUGGCGACCCUGAAUGAGAGAGGUUGGUUGACGGUACUUUUUGGAUAGUAAACAGCUCAACUUCCUUUUCCUUUUGAUCAGGGUACACAAUGGCUGAACAGACUGAGCGCUCUUUUCAACGCCAACCCACGGUGUUCCAAAAUGAGAAACGCCUACCCGGUGCCAAGAAGGCGUUGCUGAAGCGUUACAUGCGCAACGUGGGCUUGGGAUUCAAAGCUCCGACCGAGGCCCGCGAAGGUUCUUACAUCGACAAGAAGUGCCCCUUCACCGGUAAGAUCUCCAUCCGUGGUCGUGUUUUGACGGGAGCCAUUACCAAGAUGAAGAUGAACCGCACGGUCGUUAUCCGACGCGAUUACCUUCAUUACAUCAAGAAAUACAACCGAUUCGAGAAGCGACACAAGAACAUGUCUGUUCAUUUGUCGCCCUGUUUCCGGGACGUACAAGUAGGCGAUGUCUUGACCGUGGGCGAAUGCCGACCCCUCUCCAAGACCGUCAAGUUCAACACGUUGAAGGUCACCAAGGCUGCCGGAAGCAAGAAGUCCUUUGCCAAGUUCUAAGGCUUCCGCCAUCGAUCCCUCUCUUUUCUUGUUCCGUCAAAAGUUCACCAAUCAUGAAGCGUCGAAACGGACGUGAAUAAAUUGCUGGACUUCAGAAA